UCAUUACCAUUGGUCACGUGCCAUCUCCUGCAUGUACAGGGAAGACUGAGGAAAGAUCAGCGAAAGUGAGCGAAGAUGCCUGUGACCUCAUCAGCUUCGCAGGAAGAUCAGGAGAAACUACUUGAUGAGGCCAUCCAAGUUGUGAAGUCUCAGUCAUUCCAGAUGAAACGAUGUCUGGACAAGGGAAAGCUUAUGGAUGGCUUGAAACAUGCGUCAAAUAUGUUGAGUGAGUUGCGGACCUCGAUGCUGUCACCAAAAAGUUACUAUGAAUUGUACAUGGCAAUAUCUGAUGAGCUGCGGCAUCUUGAACUGUUCCUUGUUGAUGAGUUCCAGAAGGGACGUAGAGUUGCAGAUCUUUAUGAACUGGUCCAGUAUGCAGGAAACAUUGUUCCACGACUAUAUUUACUGAUAACUGUUGGAGCAGUUUACAUCAAAGCCAAGGAAGCGUCUCGUAGAGAUAUCUUGAAAGACUUGGUUGAAAUGUGCCGAGGAGUUCAGCACCCCCUGAGAGGCUUGUUUCUUCGUAAUUAUCUGUUGCAGUCAACAAGGAACAUGUUACCAGAUACUAAUGAAGAGGAAGUAGCUGAAUCUGAACACCAAGAUGGAACUGUAAAAGACUCUAUAUCCUUUGUGCUCUUGAACUUUGCCGAGAUGAAUAAGCUGUGGGUACGAAUCCAGCACCAGGGUCACACACGGGAUCGAGAGAAGAGAGAGCGCGAGCGCCAAGAACUUCGCAUCCUUGUAGGGACAAACCUUGUCAGACUUAGUCAGCUUGAUGGAGUUAAUGUUGAGACCUACAAGAAACAUGUCCUUCCAGGAGUGUUUGAACAAACAGUGAGCUGUCGAGACCCAAUAGCUCAGGAAUACCUGAUGGAGUGCGUCAUUCAAGUGUUCCCAGACGAGUUCCACCUUAGGACAUUGAGCAGUUUUCUUCAUGCAUGUGCAGAUCUCCAUGAAAGAGUGAACAUAAAAAAUAUCAUCAUAUCACUCAUUGAUAGACUUGCGUUGUUUGCAAACCGGGAGGAUGGUGGAAUACCGAGUGAGAUAAGAUUGUUUGAUGUGAUGUCAGAGCAAGUCUCGUCUGUGGUGCAGACACGCAGUGACAUGCCAACAGAAGACAUUGUGUCUCUUCAAGUGUCGCUAAUUAACCUUGCUCUGAAGUGUUACCCUGAGAGAGUGGAUUAUGUGGACAAAAUCCUACAGUACACUUCAGAGAUUUUCAGCAAACUCAACUUGACUCACAUGGACAAGAACAAUGCAGUUUCUAAGGAGCUGACCAGACUACUAAAGAUCCCAGUAGAUUCUUACAACAACAUCCUAACACUGCUUCAGCUGGAGUACUUUGCUCCUCUGUUUGAGUAUUUUGACUACAGUUCAAGGAAAGAAAUGUCUUUAUAUGUAGUCAACAAUGCUGUGGAAAGUGCUCUGAAAAUUCCAACCCAGGAACAGGUUGAUGCUGUUCUGAUUCUUGUGUCUUCGUUGGUUUGUGACCAAGAAGACCAGCCUUCUGAACCAGAUGAUCCAGAGGAUUUUGCUGAAGAGCAGAGUCUGAUGGGAAAGUUUGUGACACUGCUGAAAGGCGACAGUCCUGACCAGCAGUAUCUGAUCCUCAAUACGGCUAGAAAACACUUUGGUAGUGGUGGUGAGAAGAGAAUAAAGUACACAUUACCUCCAAUUGUUUUCUCAGCAUUUCAGCUUGCCUACCAGUACAAAGAUGCUCGUGAAGAGGAUGAUAAAUGGGACAAGAAAUGCCAGAAGAUCUUUCAGUUUUGUCAUCAGACAAUAACUGCACUUGCCAAAGCAGAAUACGCUGAACUUUCACUAAGACUGUUCCUUCAAGGUGCUCUUGUUGCCAACCAGGCUGGGUUCUCUAAUGCUGAAACAGUAGCUUAUGAAUUCAUGAGCCAGGCGUUUGCUCUAUAUGAAGAUGAGAUCAGUGAUUCCAAAGCUCAGUUAGCCGCCAUCACGCUCAUGAUCAGUACAUUUGAACAAAUGAGCUGUUUUGGCGAAGAGAACCAUGAGCCUUUGCGCACCCAGUGUGCUCUGGCUGCGUCCAAACUCCUCAAGAAACCGGAUCAGUGUAGAGCAGUCGUGGUGUGUUCACACUUGUUUUGGUCGGGAAAAAGCCGGGAGGCUGAAGGAGGGGAGUGCCGUGACAGCAAGCGAGUGACGGAGUGUCUAAAGAAAGCUGUUAGAAUCGCAAAUCAGUGCAUGGACAGCACAAUCCAGCUGCAGCUGUUUGUAGAAGUCCUUAAUCGCUACCUUUACUACUUUGAAAAGAAGGCAGACACGGUGACUGUCACUGUGAUUAACCAGUUGCUCGAGAAAAUACGCGAAGAUCUUCCUGGUUUAGAGGGAACAGCCGAAACGGAGCUGAUAAGAAAGCACUUUGAAAGCACCAUCGGCCACGUACAGCUCAAGAAAGAAUCACCUGAUGAAGAAUCGCCCUCAUACGAAGAAGUAAAGAUAUGAGAUUUAUUACCCAGUAGAUAAUUAUAAGAGUUUAACUUAGUGAAUUGUGUAAAACUAAAAAGCUUGUCGUCGGUCAGGUUGAGUGAAUUAGCGCGAAGUAAGAUAGGAAUGGUAGUCGCAUUUGGUGAUUGUAGCGUUCAAGAAGAAAACGAGUGUGAUCCUAGCUCUAAGCAAGGCCAUCGGUGAAACAAAUUUACUAGGAAGUACAAGUACAAUUACUGUAUAAAAAACAAAAUUUAAGUAUAUAUCGUGACGUCUGACCUUAUGUGAGAAGCGAACGACUCCCUCCUGUCACGCUAGGUUGAUCCAGAGAUAGCUUGAUUGACGUUACGUGACAGCAGUAAGAAAGUCACGCAAUUCCUCGUGAGUACGAACCGAGCCUAAAACAUGUACGGACACCAAUAAAUAGAACGGAGAAAAA